ACGACUCCUUCGCAAAGUUUUGCACCUUUGGAUACCUUUGAGACAUUUUGGAACUUAUUCGAUCAAUUUUUGCAAUGUAAAGUGGGCCUCGCCAUGGUGCUGGAUGAGAUCGAGAUCCCUCGAUUUUCAGACUUCAAGCUCGCGGUUGUGGAUUCUGCGGUGCGGAAGAAUCCGGCAAAAUGGCGAGAACGAAACAAGAGGCGUGCUCAGAGCCGCAAGAACGCAAGGAGCGCGCUGAAUAGUGAGCCAACUUGGGAGGUCCCGCAGGUGGUGCCAGCGGAGGUUGAACCAAAAGAAGACUUGAAGAAGGUGAAAGAUGUGAAGGCAGCAGAGCCAAGUCCCGAAGCGGCCGAAGCGGUUGAAGCAGGCGAAGAAUCCGACGCUGAAGCAGAACCACAACGGCGGAGGAAGGAAGGGCGGACAAUGCCGGGCGGAUACUAUGUUCGUUCAAUGGAGGAAGCUCACCGACAAACCAUGCGGGCCUUCAAUGUUCGACUUUGUAAACCUUACCAGCGGCCUGUACAGCAAGAAGAGGAGGAGGAACUCCCUCCUCUGGAGCCAGAAGAAGAGGAGCUAGACAAGGCGACUUCCAGCCUGCCUUCACGCGCUGCUCGUUUGGCUGCUCAACGUCUACGCAACGGGCAGGAGGUUUCGAGGGAACAGCAGAAGAAGCGCGAAGAAGAGGAAGCUGAACGACGACGGGAGGCGGAACGACGGGUUGAGCGGCGUCUGCUCGAGGCAAAGAUUCGCUUCUUGGCGAUUCUUCAGCUGUGA